AUGAAAUGGCACUUGGAACGCAGCAUGUGGCCCUUGUUAGGGAGUUUUGGGCUUCUUCUCAUCAGCGACAGAACUGAGGCCAGGCAAACCACUUUCUCCGCCAAGACAAACCCGACUAGCGCCGAUACAAAGGCUUAUUCACCCCCACCAUGCUACCCGUUCUGCUCUACCCCCGAUGGCAUCGACACAGAUUCGGUAUCAGCACUCGAAUCAGCCCGCUAUUCAGACCGCGCAGGGACGCUCAAAUGGGUCGACCCACGCAUCGGCUCCAAUGGUCCGGACCCAUCCGAGUACGGAGGCAUGGUUCCUUCGGUAGCACUCCCUUUUGCCGGUGUCCGCACCGUGCCCAUGACACGCGAGAACCUCGUAUCCGGCUGUGCAUACCAUGACAAUGACACGGUCAAUAUCGGCUUCCUUGCAAGUCGGCAGCCGGCUAUUUGGAUGGGCGAUUAUGGUUUUGCAACCAUCUUUGUUGGACGCGGACAAGUCAAGCUUGAUAAGCAUGAGCGGGGUCACCAGUACAGUCGAUCCAAUGAGUAUGUCUCUCCCUUCAAGUAUGCGGUAAAGAUGGGAAACUCGUCUCGAGAAAGUGUGUUUGCCGAGAUGGCGGGGAAGAGCCGCGCAGCUUUGAUGCAGUAUACCUUUGCGCUCCAGAGAAAUGACAGCUCACAUGACUCCCAGACAUGGUCGAAGUCGACUCACCAGCUUGGUCAAUCUACUAUGAACAGCAACAGCUCUGAUUGGGGCCCAUACAUUGCUGUACAAGCCUCAAGAGGGCAGUGGCGAGGUGCUGUACGCACCGAUGUCGAGAAGGGCGAGGUCUCGGGUUACAACACUGAACGCAUGGACUACCGUCUUGGCCCACACCAGGCACCAGGAUUCCGCGGCUACUUUGUGUCUCGCUUCGAAUACCAGCGCCAAAGCUCGUCUGAGAACGAUUGGAUUCCUGGCUUCCCAGCUGAAGGGGUAGGGACAGCGCACACCAACGCUACUGGCAUUUCAAUGCAUCCCGGUGAGCGUGCAAGGUGGAACGAGCUUGGAGUGUACGCUUUUGUUCGUUUCCCUCUCGACACGACCCGUGUUCGGGUAAGGCUGGGACUCAGCCUCAUCUCCGAAGAGCAGGCUCGCUACAACCUCGAUGUCGAGUUGCCUGAUGGCACCACUGUCGAGAAGGUCGUCACCGAGCUGAUAGAUGCAUGGAAGAGCAAGACCGACCGAAUCAAGGUGCAAGGAGGUACCGAAGAGCAAAAACGCAUCCUGUACACCGGCAUCUUUCACGCAUCUCAGUAUCCAGCAGAGCAUGCAGAGCCAAUCCCUCACAGUGAUGGCAGCAUUAAGGGACAAACCCCUCCAAGCCUCCUUCGAUACGACCAGGAGGACAGGCAUAAGUACCACUACUACUCUGGCUACACUGACAGUGUUCACAAGGUCAAGCAAGGGCUGCAGCGGUAUCAGUCGUGGUCCAUUUGGGAUAUAUACCGAGCACAAUGGAAUCUACUGAUCCUGUUUGAGCCGCAACGAGUUGUAGACAUGGUCCGCUCGCUUCUUGACAUCUAUGACGAGUCUGGCUUCUUGCCCAUGUGGUCGACGCUCGCAGAGACCAAUAUCAUGAUCUCGACGCACGCCGACUCCCUCAUAGCUGAAGCUGCCAUCAAAGAUGUUCGCGGCUUUGACAUGCAAAAAGCGUGGGAAGCCGUUCGCAAAGAUGGAACAGUGCCGCCGGAGCGGGAGGGGGAGCUCCGCUACGAGGACCGCGAAGAGUACACUCCGCUUGAGGUGCGUGCUGGAUUGACGUUCUACAAUCAAUCAGGCUACGUUCCGCUGGAUGGCUGGUCAGAGUCCACAAGCCGCACGCUCGACUAUGCCUAUGAUGAUCACGCAGCUGCAGUGCUGGCACGCAUACUGGGCAAGGAGACAGAUGCCGACUUUUUCCAACGACGCAGCAAAUACUAUCGCAAUGUAUUUGAUCACGAUCAAGGCCUCAUGGCAGCUCGGCUCAAGAACGGCUCUUUUCUCGUGCAGCCUCUUCUCAACCCACGCGGACGUCAAGAAGGAUUUACGGAAGGCAACAGCUUUGACUACUCGUUUGAUGUUGUCCAGGACGUUCCUGGCCUUGCUGAGCUGGUGGGAGGCAGGACAAAGCUGGCUCAGUUGCUGGAUCGACAUUUCCAAGAAGGACACAAUGAUCAGUCCAAUGAGCCGUCUCACCACAUUCCGUACCUUUAUUCCCUGAUCGGCGAGGCAGCCAAGACCCAGCGCUUGGUGAGAGACAUCUCACACCGGGCUUACAGCGAUCAGCCGGAUGGAUACGCUGGCAACGAGGACUGCGGACAGCAGAGCGCGUGGUAUAUCUUCAGCGCAAUGGGCAUCUAUCCUGUCAACCCGGUAUCUGGCGAGUAUGUUGUCUCAUCGCCUUUCUUUGAGCGCAUGGAUGUCAUGAUACCUGCACGCGUGGGGAAGCGUGAAGACGUUCAGCUGCGAAUCGAGGCGCCAGGCUCGAACGACAAGCAUGUUUAUGUUGGCAGUCUGACUGUCAACGGAAGAAUGAUCAGUCAGCCAAAGCUCAAAUGGUCAGACGUCUUGGCUGGCGGGACGUGGAAGUUUGACCUUGUUGACCUUCCACAACAAUGGGGUAACGACCGAUCACAACCGCCGUUGCACGCCUGA